AGAGAACGCAUGAUAAUCUCCCUCUAUCCCUCUCUUCCCAGCUUCCUCUCUUAUCUCUGUCUCUGUCUAACAUGGUGUCAACCGACGAUGUCCAAAACCCGGUACACAACAUCAGGCUGUCGUCGGUGGUGCCGGCGAGGGUGACCGGAGACGACAAGGUCCAUGAACUAACCAACAUGGACUUAGCCAUGAAGCUUCAUUACAUAAGAGGACUCUACUUCUUCGACAGUGACUCGGUCCGAGGUUUAGAUAUCUCACAGCUCAAGACACCAAUGUUUCAAUGGCUAGAUCUCUACCACCUAACUUGCGGGAGGAUCCGACGGUCAGAAAAAAACGGCCGACCAUUCAUCAAGUACAAUGACAGCGGUGUUCGGAUCGUCGAAGGUAGCUGUAGCAAAACACUAGAUGAAUGGCUGGGAUUGAAGGACCGUUGUUUAGUUGAUGAUGAUCAGCUUGUUUAUUGUCAAGUCGUUGGUCCUGAUCUUUGUUUUUCUCCACUUGUUUUUAUCCAGUUCACAUGGUUCAAAUGUGGAGGAUUAUCCGUUGGACUCAGCUGGGCCCACAUCCUUGGUGAUGCAUUCUCGGCUUCAACAUUCAUCAACAAGUGGGGCCAGAUCAUGGCAGGUCAUACUCCUCUGCCACCUCAGCCUCUCCGCAACAUCCCAAACUCCGAAAUUUGCCAAUUCCCACCUACACUUUCCGAGAAACCAUUUUCCCUGAAAAUGGUAGAACCAGUUGGUGAUUAUUGGCUAACUGCCAAUGACUGCAAAAUGGAAUCACAUUCCUUCCAUAUUACUCCAAAAAAACUUGAUCAUAUACUCUCAAUGACCCCUGGCCUAAACCAAGCUACUCAAUCUCAAUUUUUUGAAAUCCUCGCCGCGUUAAUGUGGAGAUCUCUAGCUAAGGUAAGGGGAGAAUCCGAGCCAAGGGUGGUGACGAUAUGUAAAAACAAUUCCCACAACAGAGGAAAUGAAAUCCCGAGUAACGGCCAAGUGAUUGGCAUUGUCAAAGCCGAUUUCAAGGUUGAGAAGGCGGAGUUACUAGAAUUGACCAAGUUGAUCGGUGAAAAAAUGUUGGAUGAGAGAAAUGUCAUUGAGGAGUUAGUGGAGAGAAAAAAUGAGAAAUUGGAUUUUAUAGUGUACGGUGCCAACCUCACAUUCGUAGAUUUGGAAGAGGUAGAUAUUUAUGGGUUGCAACUAAAAGGGAAGAAACCGGUUUUUGCAAAUUAUAUGGCUGCUGGGAUUGGCGAUGAAGGGACGGUUUUGGUGCUUCCAGGACCAGAAAAUGGCAAACAAGGCAAUGGAGAGGGAAGAACAAUAACAGUGAUCCUUCCUGAAAAUCAAAUGGUUGGUUUGAAGAAUGCACUCAGAAAAGAGUGGGGUAUUUUUUGAAGUUAAAAUUAUGGUUGUGGAAAAUACCCCUUAAUUCGUCAAAAUCGUAUUGAUUCGUAUCAAUCUGGAUUACUUUAUCCGUUAAUUGUGGAUUAAAUUUUAAAAUUUAUAAUUCGUUUUUAAAACCGUUCCGCUCUAUUACAGUUAAUGCAUAUAUAUGUUUUAA